AUGCAUCACUUCGUGCGCCCGGUAGAGAUGAUGCCGUACAACGCCAAGACGUCUUCGGGCCUCCAGGCGCCCACUUCCCGAGAAGGGAUGCAGACCAUCGCGGUGCCCCGUCCCCAGCUCCCGUACCAGGGCGUGUGCGUGUACGACUGCGGCGGCCGGGCCCAUCCGCCUCCGCCCGUCCAUCUGCCAAGCGACGCUCGCCUCCCACUGUACGCCACAAACCCGUUCUUCUCCACUUCCUACCUGUUUUACCCUCGCUCGUACUUACCGGUGGCACCCGGGGCAUCCUUCGGGCCCCUCCCGCACGAGGAGCCGAAGCCCAGUCACAGCUACAUCGGUCUCAUUGCCAUGGCCAUCAUGAGCUCCAAGGAGAAGAAACUGGUCCUCAGCGACAUCUACAAGUACAUCUUAGACAACUACCCGUACUUCCGAAACCGCGGGCCUGGCUGGCGAAACUCCAUCCGCCACAACCUGUCCUUAAACGACUGUUUUGUCAAGAUGGGUCGCAGCGCCAACGGGAAGGGGCACUUCUGGGCCGUCCACCCGGCCAACGUCGACGACUUCGCCCAGGGAGACUUCAGGCGCCGGCGGGCCCAGCGGAAGGUUCGGAAGCACAUGGGACUCCUGCCCGAGGACGACGGCAACAGCAGCUCGGGGUCGUCUAACGAGAACAGCGGCGCGGCUAGCCCGUCUCCCCCGCACCUGUGUCCAGAAAAGCGCCCGGGUUCCGCACACGACUCCGUGCCGCCGGCAGAGCUAAACACAACGUGCAGGUCGUCAUUUCGGCAGACGUCAUUAUCAAACGACACCUCUUGUCAGGAAAAAGGGCGGGAAAAGAUUUCUCCCGACGGUACCUCGGGGAGAAGAAAGUUUGACAUGGCCAGUCUUCUGCAGCCGGACUCUAAGUAAAGACAGCCCGCGAACAGACCUGACACGUGUC